AUGCUUUUGCCGUUCUGCGCUCUCUCCAAUCUACGAAGAGCGAUUCAUUUCUCUUGCGGACCAAGAUUUUGUCGGAGGAAAUUGAGCGAGUCUCUCUGAAUCGGAUGCUCAAUGUCGAACUUCUUGGCGACCACUACAAAUCCAAAUCCCAACAAGUCCUUUGAGGUGACUCAACCUCCUAAUGAUUCUGUCUCGAGUCUUAGCUUCAGUCCCAAAGCCAACUUUCUCGUAGCCACUUCAUGGGAUAGCCAGGUUCGAUGUUGGGAGGUAGUACGAAAUGGUGUAAAUGUUGCCAGUGUGCCCAAGGCAUCUAUAUCACAUGACCAGCCGGUUUUAUGUUCAACUUGGAAGGAUGAUGGCACAACCGUCUUCUCUGGUGGUUGUGAUAAGCAAGUGAAGAUGUGGCCAUUGUUGUCUGGAGGCCAACCAAUGACUGUUGCUAUGCAUGAUGCACCAAUCAAAGAAGUUGCUUGGAUUCCUGAGAUGAGCCUAUUAGUAACUGGAAGCUGGGACAGGACUAUGAGGUAUUGGGAUACUAGGCAGUCAAAUCCAGUGCAUACACAACAACUCCCAGAACGAUGUUAUGCAAUGACAGUGAGACAUCCUCUGAUGGUUGUUGGGACUGCUGAUAGAAAUCUAAUUGUUUACAACUUGCAUAAUCCUCAGGUUGAAUUCAAGAGAAUUACUUCUCCCUUGAAGUAUCAGACAAGGUGCCUUGCUGCAUUUCCUGAUCAACAAGGUUUCCUGGUUGGAUCAAUCGAAGGGAGAGUCGGGGUGCAUCAUUUGGAUGAUAGCCAACAGAGUAAAAACUUUACUUUCAAAUGCCACAGAGAGGGCAAUGAGAUAUACUCAGUCAACUCUUUAAACUUCCAUCCUGUACAUCAUACAUUUGCAACUGCGGGUUCUGAUGGAGCUUUUAACUUUUGGGACAAGGACAGUAAACAGAGACUUAAGGCCAUGUUAAGGUGCAGUCAACCUAUUCCUUGCAGUACUUUCAACAAUGAUGGUUCAAUCUUUGCUUACUCGGUCUGCUAUGACUGGAGUAAAGGGGCUGAAAAUCAUAAUCCUGCAACAGCGAAGACUUACAUUUUACUGCACUUGCCACAGGAAUCUGAGGUCAAGGGCAAACCUCGACUUGGAACUACUGGUAGAAAGUAGAGAUUAUACUGGUGUAGAAUGGGGGGCAUGGUCUCGACUUUCUGUUUACUUGUUUAGUUCUUCAUUCUAGAUAUGUAUAUUACUAAGCUUUGGAUCCUCUCAAAUGAUAUGAUGGUCAUGUGAUGUGAGCAGAAAAAUGGAUGCACGAUAAUUUAUGACAAGCAAGGCAAGACAUUUGAUUUCUUUCUUCCACACGACGCAUCAUGUUGCUGUGGGAGGAUCCAAAUCGUAUUGGUUAAUAAUUUGGUAGUUUUAUGAUCGGGCAUGGUUUUAGUUUCUACUGCGGGAAGGCAUCUGUAAUUAGAUUAUGAUUGCUUCAGGUAGAGAUUGCAGAAUUGUAACACAUUUGAUGCUUUAAGAUGUAUAUAUUUUUUUGUUUCAUAUUUAGCUCGAGUUCGUGAUAUGAUAUGAAGGAUUUAGUCAAACAAUUUUAAUUGUGAUGAGUGAGAAUGUUUGUAAGUGCUUUAUCAUCAAA